AAUCAAAAUGAAACUUAUAUGGAGUGCGCCGGUGCGGUGGCAGCAUUGGUAGGCAGUGGCUAUCAAAGCAAUAGAAUUGCUAAAUCGAACGUUCACCGACGACAUGGCAGUAACAGCAGCAAUUGCUCGUGUUUUUCUCUCCAAUCCUUUCUUGCUCAGUAAAAAUUAUUUCUUAUCCUUCUCCCGCUAUCGGUUCUCAUCCCGUUUUCUCUCAACAGCAUCGACGAACCCUCUCUCCUCUACUUGUUUUACUGCAAACCACCAGUUGUCCAUGGACCUCAAACCCAACUCCUUAGUACUUGGUAGAACUGCAACCGCAUGGAGAUUAUUCAGCUCCAAGUCCAACACCAACAGCUCCGCUACCUUCGAUUGGUCCGACGACGAAGAUGACACCCCUACUUCGCAAAAUCAAAAGACAAAGACAAAGGAGAUAGACAAGAGCAGGCUUCCCCCACCCUACGACCCGUUCAGCAAGAAACCCGUGAUCGAAGAUCCCAAAGACCCAAAAGACCUCCAAGAGAUCUUCCACAAGAUGAGAACUGAAGGCCUCAUUCCCAACGCCGUCAAGAUGUUCGACGCUUUGUCCAAGGACGGCCUAACCCACGAAGCCUUGGAGUUGUUCUCCAUUAUCAAGGAUAAGGGCAACAUGCCAGAUGUCGUUGCGCAUACGGCCGUAAUCGAGGCCUACGCCAAUGCAGGACAGAGCAAGGAGGCCCUCAAAGUCUACAUGCGAAUGUUGGCUUCAGGCGUCAAGCCUAAUGCCUAUACAUAUACUGUCUUGAUUAAAGGCCUUGCAGCGGAUGGAAAAUUGGAGGACGCUAAGAAGUUAGUGAUGGAGAUGAUGACUAAAGGAAUGAAACCCAAUGCUGGAACGUACACGGCAUUGUUCGAGGGAUUCGCGAGGGAGGAGAAGAUGGCAGAAGGGAAAGAGUUUCUGGAGCAGAUGAAGUCCAAAGGGUUCGUCCCCGAUGAGAAGGCUGUCAGAGAGAAUCUUAGCAAAAGGGGUCCAAUUUUUAGAAGCGUUAUGAAUCUCUUGUUUGGCAAGUAAUGUAAGUUAAAUCAUUAGUAUGAUGUGAUAUGUUUGAUAGUUAUUAGCAAUUUUCACCAUAGGUUAUCAGUAUGAAGAAUGUUCUACCAAGAAACGUAGUGUAACUUAUGUUAUCUCAGCACAAAAAUUGUUUUAAGGGUUGCUGAUCAAAAAAACCAAAAUGUUAUAAGAGUUGAAGAGCAAAGCGCUUUUUCUAUUAGGUUGGUUAAUA